UUCGAGACUAGUCUCAUACUGUGACAUGGAUACUAGGGAUCAUCAAGCAAAGAUACCUGGUGAUUCCAGACAAACCUCCCAGUCGAUAGAAGAGGGAGAGAGCGCUGAUAAGAACACAGGGGAUUUGGCCAGACUCUUUGAAGCGUGUAAAAAUGGUGACAUAGACACGGUACAGAACUUAAUACAGCAGAGACAGUCUUCGGCGAACGAGAGGGACCUGCACGGUAGAAAGAGCACUCCAUUACACUUUGCAGCCGGUUUUGGCAGGAGAGACAUAGUCAAAUUUUUGAUAGAGAAAGGAGCCCAUGUUGAUUUUAGGGAUGAAGGUGGGUUGAUACCUCUGCACAAUUCUUGUUCUUUUGGCCAUGUCGAUGUUGUCCAGCUGCUUUUGUCCAACGGGGCCAACCCAAAUGCUCAAGAUAACUGGAAAUUUAGUCCACUACACGAAGCAGCCAUCAAAGGAAAAGCUGAUGUCUGUAUAGUUCUCCUACAGCAUGGUGCUGAUUCUUCUCUAUUGAACACUGAUAGAAAGGCUCCUAUUGAUUUAGCUAAUGGUCAAGCUAGAGAAGUAUUGCUAGGCACUUAUAGACAAGAUGAAUUGCUUGAGGCAGCAAAGGUUGGCGAUGAACAGCUGCUAAUGCAGAUACUGACUCCAUUGAAUGUUAAUUGUCAUGCUAGCGAUGGAAGGAGAUCUACUCCUCUCCAUUUAGCAGCUGGGUAUAACAGAACAAGUAUUGUCCAGCUCCUAUUAAAGCAAGGUGCUGAUGUUCAUGCUAAAGACAAAGGUGGAUUGGUUCCAUUACACAAUGCUUGCUCAUAUGGACAUUAUGAAGUGGCUGAACUACUCUUAAAGUAUGGUGCAUCAAUAAAUGUCACUGACUUGUGGCAGUUCACUCCGUUACAAGAGGCAGCAUCAAAGGGAAGAUCAGACGUCUGCAGUUUAUUAUUAGCUCAUGGAGCAAAUCCAAGCAUUGCUAACUGUCACGGGAAGACUGCCUUUAAUCUAGCACCUAGUGAAGAGUUCAGGAAGAAGCUAGACUCUGAGUAUCGUGGUUACCAAUUGUUGGCAGCUGCUGAAGACGGUGGAAUUAUUCUACUAAAGAAACUUCUUUCAUCUCAAUUAUUAAAAUUUCAACAUCACCAGACACUGGAUACACUACUGCAUAAGGCAGUUUUGUCAAAAUCAAGUAACAGACAGUCAGUCAUUGAUGCUUUAUUGAAAAGAGGAAUAAACUUAAAUAUUGGAAAUAAAGAAAACAUGACUCCAUUGAUAUGUGCAGCAAAGAAGGGAAUACUUGAAGUUGUUGAACAGCUGGUCCAAAGAGGAGCAAAUAUAAACCAUCAAGACAUAAAUGGGAUGACCUCGCUUCACUGGGCUGUCCAAAAUGAGCAUGCACAAAUCUGUCGAUAUCUCCUUUCCAGUGGUGCCAAUCCCUCUAUAGUCAAUAAUCAAGGACAGACUAUAUAUCAGUUGAAGACGUCAGAUACCAUACAGUUGAUAUUGAAGAAUGAGCCACCUGUGUCUCAAUUUGAAAUCGAACAACAGCUCCUUGAGGCAGCAAGGAAUUCUGACCUUGAGAUUUUGAAGAAAAUAUGCACUCCUCAGAACGUCAACUGUCGCGAUACAAAGGGAAGAAUGUCGACACCUCUUCAUUUUGCUGCUGGUUACAACAGAGUGACUGUGGUUGAGUUUCUAUUAGAGAAUGGUGCUGAUGUACACGCUAAAGAUAAAGGGGGUCUUGUACCAUUACACAAUGCCUGCUCUUAUGGACACUAUGAGGUAGCUGAGUUGCUUGUGAAGUAUAAAGCUAAUGUUAAUGCAAUGGAUCUUUGGAAGUUCACUCCAUUACAUGAAGCAGCUGCUAAAGAAAAAUACGACAUUUGCAAACUUUUACUAAAAAAUGGUGCUAAUGUCCACAGUAAGAACAGAGAUAACUUGACACCAAUAGAUCUUGUGAAGGAUCCUAAAAGUGAUCUUGCUGAUUUAUUGAGAGGUGAACCAGCACUGCUGGAUGCUGCAAAGAAAGGAGAAAUUGAGAGAGUCAAGAAAUUAUUAACUGAAGAUAAUGUCAAUUGUAGAGAUGAAUAUGGUCGUAACUCCACUCCCUUACAUCUAGCAGCUGGUUACAAUCAUCUUGAUGUUGUUGAGUAUUUAUUAGAAAAUAAAGCCGACGUGAAUGCUAAGGACAAAGGAGGACUGGUACCACUACACAAUGCUUCUUCAUAUGGACAUGUAGAUGUAGCCUCAUUACUCAUUAGAUACAAUAGUGUAAUUAAUGCUACUGAUAGAUGGAAUUUCACCCCAUUACAUGAGGCGGCACAGAAAGGAAGAACACAAGUCUGUUCUUUACUGAUUAUUCAUGGUGCUGAUGUGUACCUCAAGAACCAAGAGGGACAGAUACCACUGGACCUUGCAACUGCUGAUGAUGUUAUUGCAUUACUUCAAGAUGCCAUGAUGAAGGAUAUCCCACUGACCAUACCACCUGCUGAAAAAGAAGCUAAGUCAAACAUAGUCAACAAAGGACUCACAGCUGCUGGGGCAAGUCUAUUAGCCAGUGAACUUGUACUGGGGGAUGGAGUGGAUGAUAAAAAUGGUAUGGUAACACAGCAGAGAGGAGGGCCAGCAGGUGUAGGGGAUGGUUCUGAUAAAGGUUUUAUGAGUUAUAGAGGAGGAGGAGAUGCUCCUCCACCAUGGCACAAUGUCACUGUUAAAGAUAUUUUAACUGAAUUAGAGCUGGGACAUCUUGUUGAGCUAUUUGAGAGAGAGCAAAUUACUAUUGAUAUUCUGAUUGAGAUGAAUGGAGAUGAUCUACAAAGCAUUGGAAUAACAGCAUUCGGUGUUAGACACAGGCUUUUAAAGAGAAUCAGGGAACUUGUACAGGGCAAUAAUGAAGAAUACCCUGUGGGUGUCACCACAACAAAGCCUACUCAAGGCACUCAAUUAAUAGAACUCUCCAGUGAUGAUAAAGAAUUCAUCGACACUGCAGAUUUGAUGCAAAGUACUAUUUGUGAACAUAGAGAUGAUGGAAAAGCAGGAGGAGUGUUUGAUUCAUAUGAAAUACUAAAAAUAGAGAGGAUAGUAAAUACAAAAGUAUGGGAGAGAUACAAGUACAGGAGAAAGGAAGUCGCCGAAUCUAAUAACAACUGUGCUAAUGAGCUUAUGCUCUUUCAUGGGUCACCUUUUGUCCCUUAUAUUGUUCAUAACGGGUUUGAUGAGAGACACGCCUACAUAGGAGGAAUGUUUGGCGCUGGGAUAUAUUUUGCUGAGCAUUCUUCAAAAAGUAAUCAAUAUGUAUACGGAAUAGGAGGAGGCAAUGGUUGCCCUGAACAUAAGAACAGAUCCUGUUAUACUUGCUUGAGGAAGCUGUUAUUGUGUAGAGUAGUGCUUGGUAAGCCAGUGGAACAAUACACUGCAGUAAGGAUAGCCCAUGCACCUCCAGGACACCAUUCUGUUAUUGGUAGACCCAGUGCUGGUGGUCUUAACUAUCCUGAAUAUGUAAUUUAUAGAGGGGAACAGGCUUAUCCUGAGUAUAUUAUUACAUUUAGAAUAAAGAAACCUUCAGCAACAGAUUCAAUGUCAUCAUCUUCUUCACUAGACAUGAGCAACAAUACUUAACAUUAUUAUUAUUAUUAUUAUUAUUAUUAUUAUUAUUAUUGUUAUUGUUAUAUUUCACUUUCAAUAAGUCUUAUAUAGAUAA